AAUCGUGGUACACAACCCUUGCAUCCGUCUUGUUAUAGGCGUGUGUAUGUGUGGUAUCUUUCAUUAGUAAUGUAGACUGCUUCACCACAUGUGCAUCUACAGAAAUGUCUUGAUUUGGCCCAUCAUGUCCAGUCAUCAAAUUCAUCUCAAUUUUCAAAGAAGACACUAAAUUUUUUUAAAAACAUUUUUUAAAUGGAUUAUGCUAAGAACAAUUCAUGGAGGAGCUACACGCUUCUGAUCGCAAUUUCGGUCCUCACACUAUACGUCGAUCAUGUUAUCGCAAUCGAGCCGUGUGUAAAUGGUAUCGACAUUCACAGACACACGCAAUACAAUCUAUCUAUAGGAGAGACUUUCUCCCUAAAGUGCCCAGUCCGUUUCUGCUCUGAAGGAGCCCCCAAUAUGACUUGGUGCAAACAUAAUGGAGGCAGUUGUCAGCCUAUAGAUACCGACUCCAGGAUCUCUUUUGAAUGGACAGAAUACAGAGCACACUAUGCAGUUUAUCUGCUGAAGUUUCAGUCAAUUAAUCUAACAGACAGUGGAUUUUAUGGAUGUUCUGCAAAAUACAAAGAUCAACAAACUGUGGGGCACCUGGUAAGAAUUAAUAUAGCUGAAAAUCCAGGAACUACGAUGACUCCUCCAACAGGCAAUACAACAUACCUUACAACCUCUACCACUGGAGAAAUCAUGACUAGUGAUGUGAUCAAGUAUACGGUGUCAUCGCUGGGUGCUCUGUGCAUGCUAAUUAUCAUACUCUCUCUACUCAUUUACUGCAUGCAAAGAAAAAAAGCAAAACACAAAACAACAUCACAGACGGGGGAUGCAGAGCAGGAGAUAAGAAACGACUCUGAAUAUGCUAGCGAUAUCCUACAGCUGAAGAUCUCCGAAGCAGCUAUAGUGUCAGAUGAAACCAUUGACGAGAACUCUGUCAUGGAGACAACACCUGAUUACACAACUGAACAGGACUCGGUUGUUUAUGCCGAUUUAAAUCACAGUGCCGGCAGAAUGAUAAACAAUAUAUGUAUGGAUGAUGAUCAGAUUGAAUAUGCCACAGUGCAUUUAAAAAGCAAUUCACAAGACUUUUUCCCAAGUGAUUAAAGACUGGAUUUAGUUAUCUUAAGUGAAAACAUUAGACUGAUUGCCACCUGAGAAACUAGAAAAACCAUCACAUAUCCUGACAAUAUUCUGCCUCAGUGACUGACUGCUCAUUUAGUCACGAAACGGGUGAAGGAAUGC